GUGCUUUACGGCGGCAGCGUGAGUGCGUAACGCUUGCUCGUGGCCUCAGUUCGCACGUGUUGCCAGCGGAGGUACUUUGCAGCUGCGAGUGAUCGGUUGUCGGCCCUGGCGUUCCAGCUUCCAAUAUGAAGCGGCCAAAGUUAAAGAAAGCAAGUAAACGUAUGACCUGCCAUAAGCGGUAUAAAAUCCAAAAAAAGGUUCGAGAGCACCAUCGAAAAUUGAGGAAAGAGGCGAAAAAACGGGGUCGAAAGAAGCCUAGGAAAGACCCUGGAGUUCCAAACAGUGCUCCGUUUAAGGAGGCUCUUCUUAGGGAAGCUGAGCUGAGGAAACAGCGGCUUGAAGAACUGAAACAGCAGCAGAAACUUGACAGGCAGAAGGAACAGGACAAGAAAAGAAAACUUGGAACUAACCCUGGUGUGGAGCUAUCUAAUGAGGAACUGGUGAAAGAGGAAUUUGGGCAGAGCAAAGCUAAGAAAGCCAAGUCCAGCAAACAGAAUCCGAAGAAGUUGUAUUGUCAGGAACUUAAAAAGGUGAUUGAGGCCUCAGAUGUUGUGCUGGAGGUGUUGGAUGCCAGAGAUCCCCUUGGUUGCAGAUGUCCCCAGGUAGAAGCCGCCAUUGUCGAGGGUGGACAGAAAAAGCUGGUACUUGUAUUAAAUAAGUCAGAUCUGGUUCCAAAGGAUAAUCUGGAGAACUGGCUUAUUUAUUUGAAGAAAGAAUUGCCAACAGUGGUGUUCAAAGCCUCAACAAAGCUGAAGGACAAAGGGAAGAGAAUCAAGGUAGGGAAGAAAGCUGCUCCAUUCAAAAGUGAAGUCUGUGUUGGGAAAGAAGGCCUUUGGAAACUUCUUCGAGGUUUUCAGGAGACUUACGGCAAAGCCAUUCACGUUGGGGUAAUUGGUUUUCCAAAUGUGGGGAAAAGCAGCAUCAUCAAUAGCUUAAAACAAGAACGUAUAUGUCAUGUUGGUGUAUCCAUGGGGCUUACAAGGUGUAUGCAGGUUAUUCCCUUGGACAAACAAAUCACAAUCAUAGAUAGUCCAAGUUUCAUUGUGUCUCCACUUAACUCUGCUCCUGCACUUGCUCUGAGAAGUCCAGCAAGUAUUGAGGUAGUAAAACCAGUGGAGGCUGCUAGUGCCAUACUGUCCCAUGCUGAUUCUCGACAGGUAGUACUGAAAUUUACUGUUCCAGAUUUUAAGAAUUCUCUGGAAUUUUUUACUUCAUUUGCUCAGAGAAGAGGACUGCACCAAAAGGGUGGAAGCCCAAAUGUAGAAGCUGCUGCCAAACUGCUGUGGUCUGAGUGGACAGGUGCCACCUUAGGUUACUAUUGCCAUCCCCCUACACCUUGGACUCCUUCUCCACAUUUUAAUGAGAACAUUGUGAUAAACAUGAAAUGGGGCUUUAAUCUGGAAGAACUGGAAAAGAAUAAUGCACGUAGCAUACAAGCCAUCAAGGGCCCUCGGUUAGCCAGCAGCAUCCUUUUCCAGUCUUCAGGUCUGACAAAUGGAAUAAUAGAGGAAAAGGAUAUAUCUGAAGAACUGCCGAAACAGAAGGAAAGGAAGCAGGAGGAAGAGGAAGACUUUGAAGAUGUCGACACUGAUCAGGAAAGUGUUGAUGAAGAAGGUGAUGAGAAGAGCUCAGAUAUGUCCCCUGCCGAAGAGGCCUGUGAGGCACUGCCUGAGUGUCAGGCAGAUGAGCAGUCUGCACAGUCUUUUGUCUUGGAUAAAAUAACUGAAGAGGAAGAUGAUGCUUAUGACUUCAGUACAGACUAUGUAUAAUAGAACCUUGUUCUUCUAUAAGGGUUUUUUUUUUUGGUUUGUUUUUCACAUUUU